CGGCGCUGUACCUUCGCGACUUCGCGCCGCCCACGCUUUACCACCGGGUCGCCAUGGCGACCGGACGCGCCCGGCUCCUGCAGCAGCACUGGCUGGGAGUCCAGGCGCUGCGCCUGCCUCUUGGCGGCCUCCGCGCCAUCCCAGGGAGCAGCGGGUUCAGGAAGGGGCCAGGUGUCCAGUCCGCUGCAGCCAGUACCCCUCUGAGGAAGCAUGCCCCGUGCGAGAGGCACCGCAGGAGGACCUCCUCUCACUGCCCUGUGCGUCUGGACAGCUUGCCUUCAGAAAUCUUGCUGAAGAUUCUGUCCUACCUGGAUGCCACGACCCUGCUGUGCACAGGAUGUGUGAACAGGCGCUUUUAUCACCUGGCCAAUGACAAUUUUAUUUGGAUCAGAAUCUAUUCAACUGCCUUUUCACCUAAGAGAUGUAACUGGAGAAUUGAUCCAGUAGAGAAGACAGUCGCGUCUAUGAAGGCACUGUCAGUUGAGGACAAAGAAGCUGGAUAUUGGAAGAAGGAAUAUAUCGCAAAACGGAUAGCCUCUGUGAAAGCAGCUCUAGCUCAGGUCCUCAAACUUGUCAACCCCUACACAGGCCUCCCGGCCAAAACCAAGGAGGCCCUCAGAAUAUCCGGUCUCGGUUGGGUAAUCAUAUUGAAAGAAAAAAAUGGGAAAGAACAUGUCAUGGAGCAUGCUGACCUUUUCAUAAACCACUCCUCUGUCAUGGUCGUGUGGUAUGGCAAAAAUUGGCCCUGUCUGGCUACACUAUCAACCUUAGACUUGUGCGGUGUGACGCCAGUCUUGAUGGACUGGCAUAAACCCCCCACCAAAAAUGGACCUCGAUGGCCUUCUCUAAUUGCAAAGUACAGUCUGAGUAACUUAACUGACUCCACCUUGGUUGGCUGUGACAGAUUCGUUAGGAUCUUCCAUCUGAACCCAGGCCUCCUGGUGGGGCUGUGGAAGAGAGCGGAAGAGCUGGCGUUCGUCAUGGCCAAUCUGCACUUCCAUCACCUCGUGGAGAAGAGCACGUUGGGCUCGGCCGCCCUCCCCUAUGAGCUGCCUCCUCACAUCCCCCUUUUGGAUGACAGCCCUGAGUACGGGCUGCAUGGCUACCAGCUCCACGUGGACUUACACAGCAGCGGGACCUUCUACCUGUGCAGCACAUUUCGCAAUCUCUUUACCAAGCAAGGAUAUAUUGAAAAUGGAUAUGUGAAGCUCAUUGUGAUACAUUUUCAAAAUAGCACAGAGCAUCUGCCACUGAUUGGCAAAGUGGGCCUUUCCUGGAGAACUGAUGUCUUUGAUGGCUGCAUAAAGAGUUGUUCUGUAAUGGAUGUAACUCUCUUGGAUGAAUAUGGGAAACCCUUUUGGUGUUUCAGCUCCCCGGUGUGCAUGCGAUCUUCUCCCAACCCUUCUGACGGUCCUUAUUUCGUGGGACCGACGUACUGUGUUGACUACGAAGACUCGACAGGAACGGUGCACGUGGAGCUGGUAUGGAUCGAGGAAACAGAAGAAUACUUCAUUGUCAGCCUGGUCCUCUACCUCAGCAUAGCAAAAAUAAACCACUGGUUCGGGACACAAUACUAAAUAUUAGCAGUAGGUGGGAAAUUGUUGCUAUAGUUUAUUUUGGACUAACCAGAUUUAUUCUUGGUAUUAAAAGUAAAAAUAAAACAGUAGUCCAUUUGAUGCCUUCUUAUUUCACAUUUGAAAUUAUGAUUCAUAGGUCAUUUUAAAGUUAAUGUUUAGAGGAUUUAAGUUAAAAUUUGACAGACUGAAAA